GUUGACGGCCAACUCCAACACGCUCAUCACAUCUAGUGGACGCACGUAGUCGCGUUAUAUCACCGUAUCAUACAAUAGACCUCCCCCCUCCCAUCCGCGUCCCACGUUUCAUAUCCUGCUGUAUUCCCAGCCGAUACCAUGAGCUUUUUGUUUAAAGCACGACCGCGGACGCCAGCCGAGUUGGUGAAGGGAACUAAGGACUCGGUGCAGAAAUUGGACGCUGGAGAUCGGAAAAAGGCAAAUGAAGAAAUAUCAAAAAAUCUUAUUUCCAUGAAGACCAUUUUGUAUGGGGACGGUGAAAAUGAUCCAGUACCAGAGCAAGUCGCACAACUUUCGCAGGAGGUAUAUAACAACGAUCUAUUGCCAUCACUCGUGCAGAAUAUAGCAAAGUUUGAGUUUGAGGCAAAAAAAGAUGUUGCACAGAUAUUUAACAACCUGCUUCGGAGACAAAUCGGAACCCGGUUCCCCACUUCGGAGUACAUCGGCACUCGAGAAGAGAUAUUGGUUGCCCUAAUUCAUGGAUAUGAAAACCAAGAAAUUGCUUUAAACUGUGGAAUGAUUCUUCGAGAAUGCAUUAGGCACGAAUCGCUCGCAAAGUCCAUCCUUGAAGGACCCCAUUUCUGGAAAUUCUUCAGUUACGUGGAACUAUCGACUUUCGAUGUAGCGUCGGAUGCAUUCGCAACCUUCAAAGACCUCCUUACAAAACACAAGCCCCUUGUUGCCGAGUUCCUUGCCAAAAAUUACGACGAGUUUUUUGACAAAUAUACACAACUUUUAAACUCGAACAACUAUGUCACGAAACGCCAGUCGCUCAAGCUCCUGGGAGAACUACUAUUAGAUCGGACAAAUUUCACAAUAAUGACAAAGUACAUUAGUAACGCGGAGAACCUCAAGCUUAUGAUGAACCUGUUGAGAGAUAAAAGCCGCAAUAUUCAAUUUGAAGCCUUUCAUGUCUUCAAGGUCUUUGUGGCGAAUCCAAAUAAAGCAAAGCCAAUAUUGGACAUAUUGCAGAAAAAUCGGGAUAAACUGAUCACAUUUUUGAGCAACUUCCAUAAUGACCGAACAGACGACGAACAAUUUAAUGAUGAGAAAGCAUUCCUCAUCAAGCAAAUACAUGAGCUUUGACAACUAUACUCCGCAGGCUUCCUUGCUUGCGGGUGAUGAGCACCUUUUCAUCUUCGGACCGCCCGGACUUACCGGGGUGUUUAUUGUAUCUUUUUUGUGCUUUAUUCUAUUUCUGUAGCGAAACCGAAUUGGCUUUUCAAGGCGUUGAAGGCGUAGCGACGCUGGAGAAUGCACGGCUUUCUUUACUGUAUACUGAUAAUAUCCCCUAACAUAAAUGUGUUCAAACCA